GAAGUAUGCGGAAGUAACGCGCUCUAUGGACUGGCUACAGGGUGCCUUGGUUACCGGCAAAUUGUGACAAUUUCUUUCUAAUUCGUUGUGUCUGUUUUGAACAAUAUAAGCGCUUGUAAACUAUAAGAUUAGUAUUUGUUAGGUUAUUCGAUCUACAGACACUGUAUUUAGAAGUGAUUGAAGUGAGAAAUGGAGUUAAAGCCAACAGGUAGCCUGGGAGUGAAAACAUUUAAAGAUGCUCCAUCUGAAACGUAUGUAAACAAACACCAGGCUCCAGAUUCACACUGUGCUACAGAUGCAGCUCGGGCCAGAUGGACGAUUCUCCGACAGGUAUUGAGACAGAAGCAGCUUGACAGUAUUAAGGUUCAGCCAGUAUCAGUUCGCAGGUUCUCCUCCUUCAACCUGUUCUCCAGGACACAGGUUCCUUCACUGGAGAGCGAUGGACCGUCUGAUGGUCAGUGGAUCGAAUGCAAAAGUUCCUGCUUUCCCCAAUACAGUGCCUUAAUCAGAGAGACCCAAGGGACGAUUAAAAUGGAAGAGGUUCUCAGCAGCUUUGACAACACGGGAAAUGUCUGUGUUUGGCCUUCUGAAGAGGUGAUGGCCUACUACUGUCUGAAGAAUCGUCAUAUGUUUACGGGUUCCUCUGUGUGUGAAUUAGGUGGAGGGAUGACAUGUCUUGCUGGGCUCAUGAUUGCCGUUUGUGCUGAGGUGAAGGAAGUGCUGCUAUCUGAUGGGAAUGAGAAGGCCAUCGAGAAUGUGCGUGUGGUUAUCGAGAGGAACAGACGAGCCGGACUGUUCACCUGCACCGAUGUGUCCAGCAGGGUGGUGAGAUGGGACAGUGAAGGUGACGUGUCUGCAAUGGAGGGCCGCUUUGACGUGGUCAUGUGUGCUGAUUGCCUGUUUCUCGACCAGUACCGAGCCUGCCUGGUUGACGCAUUGAGGAGAUUACUGCGGCCUGAUGGCACAGCAUUAGUGUUUGCUCCUUCGAGAGCAGACACGCUGACAGAAUUCUGUAGCUUGGCAGAAAGAGCAGGACUCCUAGUGUGCCGCUAUAACAACUACGACUCACUCAUAUGGGACUUGCAUAUAAAGAUGAAGAGAGAAGGAAAGGAGGCAUAUGACGAGAACAUCCACUAUCCUGUGCUGCUCACCCUCACCCACAUUACCAGUCCACGUCUGCUAUGAACCUGGCAGACCUCUGCUGUGCCACCCCUGGCUCUGCCACUGUGAUACCCAGGGUUUACUUAACCUCGCCUUUUUUCACUCUUAUAUCCAUAAUGCUUUUAAAAACACAGUAUGUGUCGGUGUGUGUGGGAUUCAGUUUGCUGUGUGAACUCAUGCCUGACCUUGUUACUGUGCAAUAAAAAAGCCACACGGAGCACAGCCGUCUUCCUGUGUGUACUGAAAAUAGCUUAACUCCAAUAUCUUUAUAUGGUGCAGUGAAUAUUGCUAUUUUGAACAGGCACCUGAUGGAUGGAUGGGUGGGUGGGUGCUUAAUGGCAUGGCUUAUUGCAUAAUAGUUGGUGUAAUUAUGCACUUCAGGCAUAAAUCAAUCCAAUGCUACUGUGCAUAAUCACUAUUUUAUUCUAUUCAUCAUUUAUCAUUGAACGAGGAUAGAAAAUAUAUGGAAAAUCCUUCACAUGCUGAAAUUAAGGCACUUUUUUUUUUUUUUUUUCUACUACGUAUUGUUCUGAAAUGGCUUCACUAAACAAGCUUUCCUUAACAUUUAAACAUUCCAUUCCAACUCUGUUUGCGGAUAAACCCGGAAAUUCACUGUGCAAGGAAAUCACGCUUAGCUAGCCAGGAUUUAAAUGUCUUUACACGGAUUGCAUGUUUUUACUGUACAGCUUUUGCUAAACUGCUUCCGUAUCCAAUAUGAUGUUUGGAGGAAGAUUUCCUAGCAAAGAUUAAAAAAAGUAAAUAAAAACAUUUCCAUCUAAUAUUUGGUGAAAUAUAUCAGAUAUUUGAACGUCAUCUACACAGGGCCUUUAUAAUGCGUUUGUAAGCAUUGCAUAAGCAUUGCAUAUUUUACACAGCAUUGCUGGAGAAAUAAUGAAAGGUUUAUGGCAAUAUGUGUAUGAUGAUGUUGGAGGUUUAAUGCAGGUUUUUUUUACAUGGAAACAUAUACCCGAUGUCCACUUUAUUAGGAACCUGCUCAUUGUGCACCUGCUUAUUUAUGCAGUUAUCUAAGACAAUCAUGUAGCAGCGGUACAAUGCAUACAAUCAUGCAGAUACAGGUCAAAAGCUUUAGCUUUAGCUUUUAAUCACACCAAACCAGCAUGGGGGAAAUGUGUGAUCUCUGUGACUUAACUGUGGCAUAGUUAUUGAUGCCAAAUGGGCUGGUUUCAGGAUCUCCUGAGAUUUUCACACAAAACAGUCUCUAGAGAAAAUGACCAGAUUCAUGGUUCAAGUUGCCAAGAAGGACACAGUAACUCUUUCCAGUUAUCACUCAUUACAACUGGAAUGAGCAGAAAAGUAUCUCAGCAUGCACGAAACAUCAAACCUUGAGGUUGACCUGCUACAACAGCAGAACACCACAUUGGGUUCCUCUCCUGUCAGCCAAGAAUAGGAAUCUGAGGCUUGCUGUGCGUGCUGAAGCAUGCUGGGAUGCUUUUCUACUCACCAGGGUUGUAAAAAGGGCUUAUUUGAGUUGCUAUAUACUUCCUGUCAGGUUAUACCAGUCUGGUCAUUCUCCUCUUAUCUCACUUAUCAUCAAGGUGUUUCAGCCUGCAAACCUUCCUUACACAGGAUGCUUUUUUUUUUGUUAAACUGGUGACUGGAGUGUGUAAAAAAAAUCCCAGGAGAUCAGCAGUGUCUGAAAUACCAAACCAGCCCAUUUGGCACCAACAACCAUAGCAAGGUCAGAGAGAAAACACUAACUGAUCUUCAUCUGUAUCUGCUUGUAUUUUAUGCAUUGCACUGCUGUCAGGUGAUUGGUUAAUUUAAAGAACUGCAUGAAUAUGAUAGUGUACAGAUGUUCCUAUUAAAGUGGAGGAUGGGUGUAAAUCUAUACUCCUAUAAGAAGCUGACACUUAUAAAGAAUUGCCGAGGAGUUCUUACAAAUUUCUUAUUUAUGAAGCUCAUGUGCUGAAUAAACGUAUAACACUUAUUAAGCACUUCAUGUAUUUUCUCCAACUUGCAUGAAGUUAGUAAAUUGGGAAAGAUUGAUGACGAAUGAAAAAAAUACUCUAAAGACUUUUUUUAAACCAUCAACUCAUAAUAAAAAUCGAUGGACAUUGUUCUCUUCAUCCAUAUAAAGACAAACUUGAAUAAAUAAAAUCUGAUAUCUUACACUCUUUGACAUAAGCUUCUCAGAAAUUUGCAGCAAUGCUUUAUAAAAACAUCUUAUAAAGGUACUGUGUAGGUCCCUUUACAAUAAAGUGUCACCAAAUAUAUUUGGUUGUAGACGAAGUAUGUUGUAGGCAGAAAAACACCAUUUUGGCCCAAAACCCUUUUUAUCUGUUAGUCAUUAUGGGCUGUUUACCAGAAUUCGGGUGAGGCUACAUCCGUCAGGCUUUUACCAGGCCGCCACGCACACACACACACACACACACACACACACACACACACACACACACACACACACACACACACAAACAUAUCUGGAGAACUGAGUAUCACUGGCUUCACUGUGACUCACUCUCGCUGCUCAUCUUUUAAGUAAGGUUUUAAAUGAGAAUAUUGUGUGCCAAACCAUUCUGUCCGCAGACCUCUACCUUUAGACCUUUACCACUGUUCUGGAUUGCUGUGUGUUAUGUGGAUAUGUUCAACCUUGUAUUAGGCCAUGUGUAAAUGAAGAAAUGCAGUAUGAAUUUAUAGGUUUUUCCACUACGUGGUCUAUUGGAAACAGCCGUUCAAAUCAUGUAUUCCAGGGGAUCUAUCUGUGUUAAGUAAGUACUCUAUAAUAAAAAAUAGGGGACAGGGUGUGUGGGGAGUUGUAUUAGAGGCUUUCUAAACAUUUUGACUGCCGUAUUAUUCCAUUGAAUACAAACUGUAUUAGUACAGACUGUGUGUGAUGCUGUUUUCUGAAAUAAAGAAUAAUAACAUAUCAGGAUGCAAAGUGUUAACAUAUUAAGUGUUUCAUAUUCAGAAUAUUUGCAUUCUAUUCCUUUGCUCACUGUAAAAGCUGUUCAACUGUUUAUAGUGAGCUGAAAAAUCAUUCACGUGAUGUCAGAGCUGCAACUUUUUGAGUUAAUUGUUCACCUUGUUUUUUCGGGGCUUCGUGUUUCUGCACUGUGACUGAUGAGUCUAAAGUGAUUGUUUUACACUAAUGGAGCAGGUGCUUGUAAUGACUGUGAUUAAAUCAUUAUUUGAAACA